AUGGCCUCCCCUCAGGGCGGCGAAGCGCCCUUCGACCCAGCCUCUGCCUCAGCCUCCGCGAAACCAGAAUCCGAUACAACCGACAUCACCGCUCUAGCGCGGCACUGGGAGGCUUGGACGCACACGUAUAAGAUCAGGGAGUUGGUUGCCCGUGCGGGAGCGGGGGAAUUCGACGCGGUGUUCUAUGUGGGUGGGCGGGGGGCGGCGGGAAAGCCUAUCGCCGCGGUCAGCCAUGGGCCUGCGGCGCUGCUGAAUGCGACGGCACCCUCGGGGGUAUCUUUGCUUGCUGGAGCAGGGGUGACGGGUUUCUCGAGGGAAGAGGAGGAUGCGGCGGGAAUGGCGCCGGCUUUGCCAUUUCAGUUGGAGACGGAGCUGGAGCGCGUAUCUGGGGGUGGAUAUGUCAAAGCGGACCGAUCUGGGACCAAGGUUGUUGUAUCUACGACGGCCGGGCUGUGCUCGCCGCUGAUUACAGGGCAGAAUCCGGCUAGUGCGGCUGGCGUGGCUCGGGAGAUUUUGAGGGUAUUGGGGUGCGAUUGA